UUUUAGCAGUUGUGGCUCAGCUCUUUAGUAUGCUCGCCAGCAGGACCUCCACGACUGCCCUGCGCCUGCGCUCCGGCACCUCAGCGCGUGUCCGCGGCGCGCCCUCUGCCUUCGGUUCCGCCCGCCCCGCCCGGCAAACGCGGCUGUACGCGGCUGCCGACCUACUGGGGUGGCUGUUUAAGGGCAAGGUGCCCGAGAUGGGCGGCAAGCAGACGAAGUCCAGCCGUGGGUGGGCGCCGCGAGACGAGUCCACUCCCGCCAAGGUCAGCCGCGCCGGCUAUGACGUGACCCCCCUGACUGCUGAGGAGCGGCAGCGGGCGGCAGAGGGGCUCACUGACUUCCAGAAGUACGUGACGCUGGAGCACGGCACGGAGCGCGCCUUCACCGGCAAGACCGUCAACGGCUACACGCACGACAACAAGCAGCGCGGCACGUACGUGUGCGCCCUGGGCGGCCUGCCCCUGUUCAGCUCGGACACCAAGUUUAACAGCGGCACGGGCUGGCCGUCGUUCUUCGCGCCCAUUGACCCGGCACACAUCGUCGAGGUGGUGGACAUGUCGAUCCCCUACAUGCCGCGAGUGGAGGUGCUGGAUGCACGCAGCGGCGCACACCUGGGGCACGUGUUCGAUGACGGCCCGGCGCCUACCGGCAAGCGCUACUGCAUCAACGCAGCGGCGCUCAAGUUCAUCCCCGCGGGAGAGGAGCUGCCGGCGGAGAGCCGGCCCGUGGCAGCGCAGGAGGCGGGGAAGCAGCAGUAGACAUGCUGCGUGGGCUCGUGAGUAGCUGUGACGUGUGGAUAACGUGAGCUGACCGCAGGGCUUAUAAGCGUGCAGUAGAGUUGCGACCGAAUGAAUGCGAAACGUUGUAUACCGCAUGACAUGUGAUGGGACACGAGAGGGGGCGAGGAAGGAACUGAACAGUGCGGGUGAUUGUUGUCGGCCCUCCAAGGAUGAGCCUUCAGCAGGCUCCAGUCACCCCGAUGCGGCUGAUACGCAGGGAUUUAUCUAAACUACUGGCUUGCGAUGCAUGCGCAGCAAUGCCUGACGUUUGAGACUGCCGGGCAUUGCGAGGGAGGGCAUUCGUUCAGGCCUGACGGGGAAGCGAUGGUUUCGGGAUCGUGCUGGCGGCAUGCCGAUGGUAACAGCAGCCUUACCUUUUGAGCGACAUUCUAUUGAAUACCACAUACCCUACACGUGAACAAGUACGCUUUUUCUACUAAAGCUGUAACAUCCGCCGAGCAAAAAGAACCGAACAAAAUGCCGCCGGGCACGAUAAACAAGCCGAACCGCAAGGCGUUGAAAGUGCGACGCGAGAAGAUUCGUACGAAGAAGAAGAACGCUGGUGCUGAGAAGAAGCACAACACGCAAGUGAAGCUGCUUGUGGAGCGGAACCCCAAGCGCGCCCGGAAGCUCGCCAAGCGCGCCGCUGCCCUCGCGCGGGCUGCUGCCGCCGAGCCUGCCUCUGACGAGCCGGAGAUGGCUGAGGUGAAGACAGCCAAGGCCAAGGCGGCCGGCAAGAAGGGGAAGAAGGCGGCGGGUGAUGAGAUGCAGGAGUAAGGGCGAGGGCGCGAGCGGACUGGCGUGCUGUGUGGGCAGAUAGGCGGGUGUGUCGAUAAAGUGCCCCCAGCGCAUACGAUGCAUCUGGCAAACAUGGCUAGCGUGCCGACGUAUCCAGUAUCUGGAGACUGGGCUAUGGAGCACGGGGCAGAAUAAGGUCUGCAGCGGCGUAGGCCAGGCUGAUGAACUUCUGGCAUCAACCAGGGAGGCGGGCCUGUCGCGGCCAUGAACACCCCGAGACGAUGGUGGAUAGUAACGGGCUGGUUGCCAUACACCCCCGGGUGUGGCACCGCUACUGGCAGGCAGCGGGCACUGAACGAACAAGUGAGGCUUUGAUGUAACGAAUGAGACAUGAGGUUCUGAUGAGGGGCAACGCAUGAAGCUCUAGAGACUUGCGGACUGGCCUAUGAGGCUGUGACGCUGUGGCAAAUGUCAGGUUGUGAAUGGAGGUAGUGGCUUAACAGAUACGGUAAAGGGCUGGAGGCAGACACGCUGGCAACGGACAUGAUCGCUGCGUGAUCACACUGUAACCGGCUGACGAA